UCCUUACUAGAGAUGGCGUUCAAAAUCACUAACUGUGAUUUAUCCAUGAUUUAUCACUAUUUAUUACAGCGAUUGGAAAAUCACGAUCACUGAAAUUAUGACCGUGAUCGCGAUUUUUCAUAUUGUAUGGAUUCACUAUACAACAUUCAUAUUUCCUCUUCAUAUCUUCUUCAAUCUCCUUCCUACGUCGAACGAGGAGUGGAGCAAAUAGGAGGAGGGGGCAGACGAGGAAAAGAAAGGAAACAAAGAAAUCUGAAGCAAAUCAGCCAUUGUUGAUCAUUAUGCUGUAAAGCAAUUGUACAUACAUUACGUUUUAAGUCAUCGCCGAUUUUAGCCAUUUUCGCUGUUUUUAAGUUAAUUAUUGUUACAACAAGCUGUAACUUGGAACACGUUCUAGUGUGUAAUACAUUACCUGUUUUAUUCGUGCAAAAGAAUUUGGCAAAAUAACACCAAUCAUGGAACAUUAUAAAAUGAUUAGUUCGAACCGAAUGGUAAACUGUAUGCAAGAGCUUGACGAAGUUCGUACAACAAUCUUAGCUGUAUUAGUUUCCCAUAAAAAUGGGUGUACUUUAAGCGAAUUAAACAAGAGUUAUUACGAGUUGGAAGGUAGAUCUAUACCAUGGAGAAAAUUCGGCCAUUGUUCUGUACAAAGUUUACUAAGCAGUAUGCCAGAUAUUGUAAAAAUGGAAGAAAAGAACAAUGAAGUAAUUAUUACUGGUAUUCCAUCUGAGAAGACCAUGCAUAUCACAAAAAUGGUGGCUCACCAAAGAGAUCAAGAAGCUCCAUGUAGGAGAACAUUUAGGCCUAGCCCCUAUUAUCCUACGACUUAUCCUUCUAUGGCUUUUCUGUCAGCUGCUAUGUUGACCAAAUUAAUUAUUUUCGUCGAACAACAUCCAGGGGGUGUAAGGAUGGACUAUAUAACACGGGAGAUCAGUUCUUGCAUGAGUUACAUAAGGAUUACUGCGGAGAAUAUUAAAAUACAGAUACAGUGGUUAAGUCACAGGAUUUAUUGUAAAUCCAGCAAAGUCUAUCCUAAGAAUCUUCAGAACAAAGAAGAUCUAUCCAAUUCUAAUAGAUAUGCUGGUUACAGUCUGACUCAAUUGUUUGAUAGCAAUAUAAAAGUAAAUGCUACGAUACUUAUAAGCGACCAUAUUAAAUCUCAACUGGAAAAGCUUAUCAGUAAACACUCGGAUGGAAUAUGGUGUGAAAAUUUACCUAAUGCAUAUUUAGAUGAAUACAAAGUUCAUCUAUAUUAUGUUGAGCUUGGUUUCAAUAGCGUUCUCGAAUUCACAUCAAUUUUGACAGAUAUAUUUCAUCUUGUCCAAUGUAAAGAAACUGGAAAUUUUAAACUCUUUUAUUCAAAAAGAGAAAUACCUUUGAAAACGGCAAUACCUCAAUUCAAAAUAAAGGAAGUAGAGGAAAUACCUCGGAAUCAUGUGGAAAAAACGGAAAGAAUACCAGUAUUAAUGGAACUCAACAUGCUUCCACCGAACGAUGUCAUGACUAUUGGAGACUAUGUCGAACCCAUCAAAGUUGCGGAUAUUGAAUGCGGUGAUUUAAACAUUGUAGAAGUUCAUGUCGCCGAAGUGUACACGCCUACAGUAUUUUGGAUAAGACUCCGUCGCAAUGCAAGAAUGUUUCACAAUUUUAUGAGGCAAUUUCAUAAUUUUUAUGUAGAGAAGCACGACAAGUACCAAAUUCCACGUUAUAUGAUGAAAAAGGGUUUGUACUGUGCGUGUGAGUACGAUGGACUAUGGCAGAGAGCCAUAAUUAGAAACGUUCAAACAAACUGUGUUACCGUAGUGUUUUUAGACUAUGGAACACUUAAGUCUUAUCCUGCAGAAUCGCUGUACUACCUACAUAAAACAUUCUCUCAUUUACCUUCGCAAGCAAUUCCCUGUAGUUUAUUUAACAUCAGGCCAAGUCAUGGAUCCCAAUGGUGCGAAAAGAGUAGACAAAAAUUCGCACAGUUGACGAUGCAGAAAGAUCUGGUGGCAAUAGUUGUGUCGCGCAAUGAACAGACAAAUUCGAUGUCGAUCACUUUGACGGACACGUCGGAAGAUAAUAACGAUAUACACGUUACAGACGAAUUAAUUGAACUCGAAUUAGCAAGAAUCGGCAAAAUAGUAUCCAAGAAAUCCGAAAAUUUUCCAUUUCAGUAUUAUUUAGAACGCAAGUAUCAGGAAGAAAGAAAAGUUAAGAAACUAGAUCCUGUCGCUCAAAAUGUCGAUGUAAAAAAUAAAGAAGAAGCCAGAGAAGAAAAUGUCGAGAGUGAGAAAAGAGAAAAUUUCGAGAGCGAGAAAGAAAGAACAGUGAGAAAUAGUUCGUCUUACAUUUCUUGUGAUCGAUUUAUACCCUGGUUGCCAAGUGGGAACAUCACUAAAAAAUUUGAUUACGAUACUUUGAAGUUAGAGAACAUAGAGGACAAUAAAAGAAAUAAUACUAACGUUAUGACAAAGACUGAAAAUAGAAGAGAGAAUAAUGUAAGCAAAGAACUAAGUACCGAUUCCCCUCAUAGAGUUAAUAGUCCUCCCAUAGGAGUGAGCGGAAAUAUAAAAAAUAAAUUAUGCGUUUCGACCAAAGAUGAAACUGAAAUACAAAAUAGUGAAUCCUCUUAUGAAAUCAAUAAUAUAAAAAACACGAGCAGCGAUGAAACAGUCAGUAAUUCUAUCGAUACUCCUAAAAAAGAUACAUCCAUCAAACCGGACACAUUUAAUUCCAAACAGAGAGUAUUGUUGAUGAAAAGGCUAUUAAAUGUUAGACAAGUGAAAUCUGAUUCUGAGGAUAUGAGUGUUUCGGAGUCAAAAUCUAGUAGUGAUAAUUGUAACAGCGACCUACAAAUGAUUUUGCAGGAAUUAUCAAAGACUUCAGAGUCUGUAAAGGCGGAUACAGAAUUCGAUGACACGGUUUUAGGCCAAAAUAAGGGAUCAGAUUGCAUAGACCAGGCAUGGAUGUCAGAUCUAUCCUCACCAUGUUUGUCUUUAAAUGAUUCAAACUCUGAUUUAGUAAAAAUUAGUAAAUCAACAUCAACUGAAAAUAGUGAAACGAAUACAAAAAAAGAUUUAAAUUAUGUAAAAGAACCACUCUUAGUAGAAAGAUCAUCCACUAACUCAUAUUCGGAAAUAGAAAUACCCGUAGAAACGUUAAACAAAAAUUCAUUGCUGUUUGUUACAUCGUCUUUGAAUGAUUCUAGUUCAAACUCUGACUCCGUAAAAACGGAGUCUAAAUCAGUAUCGGUGGAAAACAUUGAACCGAAAACAAAAAAUGAUUUAAAUUCUUCUGAAGAACCAUUGUUAGAAAAAUCAUUUACUGACUCAUGUUCGGAAAAAGAAAUACCUGUAGAAACGUUAAACAAAAAUUCAUUGCUGUCUGUCACAUCGUCUUCGAAUGAUUCUAAUUCAAACUCUGACUUCGUAAAAACGGGGUCUAAAUCAGUAUCGGUGGAAAAUAUUGAACCGAAAACAAAAAGUGAUUUAAAUUCCUUGGAAGAACCAUUGUUAGAAAAAUCAUCUACUGACUCCUCUUCAGAAACAGAAGGACCGGUAGAAAUGUUAAAUGAAAAUUCACUGAUAGCUGUUGAUUCCAACAUUCCUACUUUUAACGACAUAGAUGAAGAUACUUGUAGCGAAUCUUAUAUACCAGAUCCUCUAUCUCUUUUAAGAGAAAUGACCAGAAAUAAUAUUCCCUAUAAUGGAGAGGAGAAUACAGAGACAGAAGGGAUUCAAAUUACAGAAAUAAACGAUUCAAAUCCGAAUGACCAGACGCUUUCCACACAAGCUUUGUGUACACUUAGGUAG